CCAACCCGCUCAUCAACGUGCGCGACCGGCUCUUCCACGCGCUCUUCUUCAAGAUGGCCGUCACCUACUCGCGCCUGUUCCCGCCUGCCUUCCGCCGCCUCUUUGAGUUCUUCGUUCUGCUCAAGGCCCUCUUUGUGCUUUUUGUGCUGGCCUACAUACACAUUGUCUUCUCCCGGUCGCCCAUCAACUGCCUGGAGCAUGUUCGAGACCGAUGGCCGAGGGAGGGCGUCCUGCGGGUAGAGGUGCGUCACAACUCAAGCCGGGCACCGGUGGUCCUGCAGUUCUGUGAUGGGGGGCUCGGCGGCCUGGAGCUGGGGGAGGAGGAGGAGGAGGAACUGACCGUGGAAAUGUUCAACAACAGCUCCAUCAAGUUUGAGCUGGACAUCGAGCCCAAGGUGUUCAAGCCUCCAGGUGGCACCGAUGCCCUGAAUGACAGCCAGGACUUCCCUUUCCCUGAGACGCCAACUAAAGUGUGGCCACAGGAUGAGUACAUUGUAGAGUACUCGCUGGAGUACGGCUUCCUGCGGCUGUCACAGGCCACACGCCAGCGCCUGAGCAUCCCUGUCAUGGUGGUCACCCUCGACCCCACCCGGGACCAGUGCUUUGGAGACCGCUUUAGCCGACUCUUGCUGGACGAGUUCCUGGGUUAUGAUGACGUCCUCAUGUCCAGUGUGAAGGGCCUAGCUGAGAAUGAGGAGAACAAGGGUUUCCUGAGGAAUGUGGUGUCUGGGGAGCAUUAUCGCUUUGUCAGCAUGUGGAUGGCGCGCACGUCCUACCUGGCGGCCUUCGUCAUCAUGGUCAUCUUUACUCUCAGCGUGUCCAUGCUGCUGCGCUACUCGCACCACCAGAUCUUCGUCUUCAUCGUGGACCUGCUGCAGAUGCUGGAGAUGAACAUGGCCAUCGCCUUCCCCGCAGCGCCCUUGCUGACCGUCAUCCUGGCCCUCGUCGGGAUGGAGGCCAUCAUGUCUGAGUUCUUCAACGACACCACCACGGCCUUCUACAUCAUCCUCAUCGUGUGGCUGGCCGACCAGUAUGAUGCCAUCUGCUGCCACACCAACACCAGCAAGCGGCACUGGCUGAGGUUCUUCUACCUGUACCACUUUGCCUUCUACGCCUACCACUACCGCUUCAACGGGCAGUACAGCAGCCUGGCCCUGGUCACCUCCUGGCUCUUCAUCCAGCAUUCCAUGAUCUACUUCUUCCACCAUUACGAGUUGCCGGCCAUCCUGCAGCAGAUCCGCAUCCAGGAGAUGUUGUUGCAGACGCCACAGCUAGGCCCCGGGACCCCCACAGCGCUGCCUGACGACCUCAACAACAACUCUGGCUCCCCGGCCGCCCCCGAUCCUGGUCCACAGCUUGCGCUAGGCCCCAACUCCAGUUCCGCUCCCGCCGGCGGGUCAUCUGGGCCUGGCUCGCUGGGCGCCACGGCCUCAGUAUCCGGCAGUGACCUGGGUUGGGUGGCCGAGACGGCUGCCAUCAUCUCGGACGCGUCCUUCCUGUCUGGGUUGAGCGCCUCGCUGCUGGAGCGGAGGCCGGCGGCCCCUAGCAACCCAGACAGCGCGCGCCCUGACCCCGGGGUCCCUCAGGAGGAUUCGCCUGCGCCUGCCGGGUCCUGAGAACUACGACUUGCCCGGCUCCCGGCGGGGCCGCGGCCGGAGCCUGAGAGAGCUGUGGUCUGCAGGGAGAGGGGCUGGCGGUGAAGGUUCUGGAAGCGGCCGGGACAGGGCAGCGAGGUGCGGUGGGCGCGUGGCCGCCGGCCGCCUGGUGCUCACCAGUGCCUUCCACACGGCGCCCGCGCGGGGCCGAGCGCCCGGGUCCGGACUCGCAGGUGGCGGCUCAGGACGCGGGGCACACAUUCUACGCUAUUUAAUUGCAGUGUACAGAGUCGUGUUUGUAUAUAGAAUAAACUGUCGUGGACAGCG